AUGACCCAGCAAGAGAUCAAGCGGGAGGAGCAAGAAAAGACAAGGAAACAACUGCUGAAGGAGCAAGAACGCAAUCUAAUUUGGCUGCUGAAGGAGCGAGAGCGCAAUGAAAUUCGGCUGCUGAAGGAGCAAGAGCGGAAGCGGCGGCAGGAGCUGAGGGUGCAGCAACUCAGGUGGCAAGCGCAGCAGCAUCGCAAGCCACAAGAACUGCCGCCGGAAAAGGUUGCUGAGCGCAAUGCCGGCAUUCAACGGCUUAUUCAAGAGGAGCUGGGCAAGCAGGCGAGACUCGCCAAUGAGCAGAAACAACGAGAACAAGAGCGACAAGUUGUGGCGGCACAGCUACAGGAAACACGAUUCAAGCGGGUGCGUUGUAGCGACACAACGACCACAGAAGAAGAAGAAGAAAAACAAGCAGCAGAUGGAAUUCCUUCGGUCCAAAAAUUGAAAGCGUCGAGUGGUGGUGGUGAUGAUCUUGUGGUUGAGUUGGUGCUGUAA